AUGUCUCUUGAAGUGGGGACAAGCGGAAGCCCCGCCGAUCUAGAGGUUCCGGAAUGGCAGACACUGGCGAAGACCAUCACCAAGUCGGUGGUGCUCAUAUCGAUCAUACUGACCGCCAUAUUCGGAAACCUUCUAGUAGUGACAUCGGUGAUUCGGCAUCACAAACUCAGAGUGACUACGAACUACUUCAUCGUGUCGCUGGCGUUGGCCGACACGUUAGUGGCGUUGUUCGCGAUGACGUUCAACGCGUCGUUCACCAUCACAGGAACGUGGCUGUUCAAUCAGCUGGUGUGCGAUUUUUGGAAUUCGUGCGACGUACUGUUCUCGACAGCGUCGAUUAUGCACCUGUGCUGCAUUUCAGUUGAUCGCUACUACGCGAUCAUUAAACCCCUCGAGUACCCAACGAAAAUCACCACUCGUCGAGUGUUCAUCAUGCUGGCCCUAGCGUGGUCGGUUUCACUGCUGAUUUCGUUCCUUCCGAUCUUCACCGGAUGGUACACGACGGAAGUACAUCGCCAGUGGCGGGCCGAGCACCCGCACGAGUGCGUGUUCAAAGUUAAUAAGUAUUACGCCAUCAUAUCGUCGUCGAUCUCAUUCUGGAUUCCGUGCUCGGUGAUGCUGUUCACGUACUGGCGCAUCUACCUGGAAGCCACGCGGCAGGAGAAGAUGCUUUGCAAAACCCAGAUGGGUCCGGGUGGCGGCGAGCACCAGGUCAUCCACGCUCCGCCACAUCGAAAUUCGCACGGGGCGGACGAUACCGAGUCGGGCCAGAGUACUCCGACCAAGAGGAACAUUACGAAAAUGAAGCGUGAACACAAAGCCGCCAAGACGCUCGGUAUCAUCAUGGGCGCGUUCAUUCUUUGCUGGUUACCGUUCUUUUUAUGGUAUGUGACGACGUCACUCUGCGAACCCGUUGAUUGUCCGUGCCCAGAGAUCGUGGUCGACCUGCUCUUCUGGAUCGGAUAUAUUAACUCAUCGCUGAACCCGAUCAUCUACGCCUACUUCAACCGCGACUUCCGCAUGGCGUUCAAGAAGACCCUUCAGGACCUCUUCUGCUCAUGUAAGCCUUGCAAGCUGUGGCAAUCUAGGCAUAGACAUCCAGGAGGGGCCGCCGGUUUUGGUGGUAACCAUGUACAUCAGCAAGCCAACUCGGCUACCACCAACUUCACUUGUACGUAUAAAACACUCGUUACAUAG